AUGGAUCUGGAAGUUAGCUCAUCGAGAGCGGAAAGCCAACCUUCUGACCAACCAAAACCCCCUGAGCAGCAGGCUCAGAACACACACGACAGCGUCAGAUCGCAAUUGGAGAGUCUCUUUAGACAACAUGACCAAGAUGGAAGCGGAAGGAUAUCUUGUCAAGACCUAUUUAACACCGUUACUGUCUGGGAAUCCAAACAGCCGAAGCGCUUGCUCAAUGACGAAGCUUCAAAUAUGUUUCAACAAUUCUGCACGCAAAAUCCGGAAAUGGAAGUAUCCGUUGAAGAUGUAAUGCGAUUAAUAGAUGGUUUAAGGCCAACCACCGUCACCGGGCCUACUACUAGCGUUUCUACGAACAACGACCCGGUAACACCUCAACAAUCAUCAGUUCCCGAUAGAGCUCGCACUACACCGAUUACGAAGUUUGGAAAAGUUAGAAGUGGUUGGGCUAGGACUCCUUACAAUUCAUCAGCGAACAAGAAUUCCGGCAUUACUUCUCCAGAUCAUGUUCUAAGUGACGAAGACAGUAUGGCGGGCAACGAAUCGUACACUUCCCCUUCCAGUAGUGGUCUUUUAGGACGUAGGCGAAGACCAUUUGGUGGUCGCAAUAUCUCUGGAAUGGGAGCCGGUUACCCACGACCAAUUGACCCUGAUGAAUUUGAUUCAGGUACGCUCGAGUCUAGGGGAGAGUACAUUGAUGGACUCCCCGUAUUAUUAGAGCCAGGAGAUGAUCCUGCUGAGCAACUUAGUCGAUUGCAUCGUCACACAGUUGAGCUUGCAAAGAGACUGAAAGAAUCCGAGAGACAUCUAACGAACGUAGCCCGCCAGCAUGAGGAACGUAUUGAGGAGCUUCAGCACAAAUUAGAAGAGACUAAAGCCGAUUUACAAAACAAGAAACGAGAAAUUCAAGAUCAUAAGAGUAAGGAGAAGACAAAUUUGCAUCAGAUUUCUGCACUUGAAAUAGAAAUACAGAAAAUCCAUAAGAACUUGAAUGGCCAAAAACAGCUCUAUAACCAACUUAAGAGGCAGUAUGAAGAGCAAAGUGAGGAAGCGGAAAAAUUAAGAGACCUUGUACGGGUCAAGGAAGGCGAGUUAGCGAACACUGCGAAAAAUCUUAGCAAUUUCACGGCUGGUGAAAAAAAGUGGAUUGAAGAGCGACAACGUUUAGAAAGUGCCCUUGCAAAACUAGAGGCUGAUGUGGCUUUGGCACAACAGUCGGAAGUAGAAUUGGAACAACAGCGUACAGAAAAUUCGGUACUUAAAGAAACGAUUGAUAAAUUAAAGCUCGACUUGGAUGAAAUACGGAGUGGCAAAAUUGUUGAUCCUUCUAUGUCGAAUCUGGCACUAGAAUUGGAAGCAAAUGAUCACACUACCUUAGAAGACGAAAUGUUGCAACGCCCUAAAUCUUCCCGUCGACGUAAGGAUAAUGUUUCCGAUCAAACUGCCGUUAGUGCAGAUGGUGCCGAUGAAGAGUUAACGAAUAUUCGACAGUCAGAGCUUGAACAAUAUCGUCAUCCAGUGGAUGAACAUUCAACCCGCAAACGAGAAUCUCGUUCACUACGUCGUCAAGCAGAAGGGAAUGGUGUCCGUUUACGGGAUCGAGACGUUGCACACAAUUUUGAAGCCCUUACUCAAGAAUUAGGACAUCAGUAUGCUUUAAUCGAGAAUAUGAUCAAAGAUCAGAAUCGUCCUCUCGAACGACGUGAUCGACGUUCUAUUGAAGGAGAAAGCACCGAUAUUGCAAAACAUUCGCGACUAAGUCGUACAAGCACGCGUACAAGAAGGCGAAGAACGCCCGCUAACGUAGAAGCAGAGUCGGAGAAAGCCGAACCAGUAGUAACGGCAGCUUCUUCGAGAGCUCUUGUGACACGAGGCAAUAUGUCAAUUGCUCAAUACAAUUCGAUGGUUAAUAACACUGUGACGUUUGCUCUGUAUACGCUGGUUGUUUAUCUAUUCGGCAUCAUUACGAGCGUAUUCGUUCUCGACAGUAGUCAAGGACCGAUUCCUUAUGCCGACUGGAUACCACUUGAUAUGCCAAAUGACAGUUGGACUGCACGUUCACUGGAAAUUAUUCUUUAUUGGUUGGAGACUUUAUUAAAUGAUGGAAACAAUAUGAAAGUUCCAACAUAA